GCAUUAAUUGUAGUGAAUUAUCGCUAUGUUUUCAAGACAGAAAGGAUUCCUUGUGGUGAAUACUUUCUAUAAUCAAAACACAGGAGAAGGGUUCCUUGUGUGAAAUUGUCACUAUGUUUACCACCCAGGAAAAGGUUCCUGUUUGUAAAUAAUCGUUAUGCCAAAAACGCUGAAAAAAUCGCGAAAAGCACCUAAUGGACUACUACAACGUGUCCAGGACGAGGAGGAAGAUGAUCCGGACAGAACAAAGGUGUUCUCCCUGGACGUGCUGGUGUGGAUGCUCAAUCAGCGAGAUGAAGAAGUGAAGAACAAAGAGAGGAGGGACAAUGUAGAUAUUGGCCAUGUAUCAUACAUAGAAGCGUGUCAUAUACUAGGCUCCUCGCCAAUCCGUCUCAUUUUACAACAACUCCGGGAGCGCGAGAUCCGGCUCCAGCACGUGGGUCUCAAUGCCACGGACGCUGUGGCUUUGGCGUAUGCACUCUUGUACAACAAUCGGGUGGAGAGUCUGGACUUGGAGGACAACAGAUUGACGGAGGAGGCUAUCGUACACAUUGUGGAGGUAUUACACCACAACAUUAACAUAGCCAACGUGAGUCUAUCCGAAAAUGCCUUAAAUAAAAGUUGUGCGAUAGUUAUAGGAGAAAUGAUGACGGAAACAACCUUCCUCACACACUUAAAUUUGUCAGGAUGUCACCUCGGGGAUGUAAAAGUUAAACAGAUUGCCUAUGGCCUCCGGGGCAAUGUCAGUUUAGUGUGGUUGGAUCUCAGUCACAACGAAGUGGGGGAAUACGGAUCACAAAGCAUUGGGGCAGCGUUAGAAAUCAACGACACGCUGGAGGUAUUAAACCUUAGCUGGAACCACAUUCGGCGCAUGGGCGCCGUGGCGCUGUGUAGAGGGAUCCAGAAAAACAAGUCCAUAGUCAACCUAAACUUGUCAUGGAAUGGAUUUGCUUUCGAGGGCAGCAUCGUGCUGGAAGAAGCCAUCAAACUCAACAAGACUAUCCGAGUACUGGACAUCAGCAAUAACCGCAUCAACUGGGAGGGCAUCGUUUACAUCUCCCGGGGCCUCAAAUCCAACACUUCAUUACAAAUGCUCAAGAUCGGUAAUAACCCAAUAUCUAUGGAGGGUUGUUUGAAACUGCUGAAAUCUGUUAGCGGGGCCAACAGUAGCGUGAUGCACGUGGGUCUGGAGGACAUCCCGAUCAACUCCAAGGUAACGGCAGUGGUGGACGAGAUCCGGUUCCGGCGGUUGUUCUCUAUCAGUCACGGAGGCGUACUGGACACCAAGGAUAUUAUCGGUAUCCGCAGAGAGCGUCGGGAGGACCCGUUCACUCUCCUCAUCCGUUACCUCGGCGUCAUGGGGAUCCGGGUAGUCGACCUCUUUCGGAUGUUUGACACUGACAGUCAUGCGCAUGUCUCAAAAGAAAGCUUCAUGAGGGGGCUAAAGAAAAUCGGUGCUCCUCUUCCUGACCGUGACAUGAGGAUGGUAGCCAGACGACUAGAUAAGCGAGGAGAGGGGUUCAUCAGUUACAGCUUGCUGGCCAAUGGCGUGCGUAACCAGAUACGACACGAAAAGAAAGAGGACAAACGUGUACUGUUACUGGAGCUGAAGCGGAGGGACGACCGCAAACGGAUACUGCAACUGGGGGUCGGGGAGCCAAAGUUACCCCCUAUAAAUGACGUCAAUGUUUUCUCAUCUUCUGCCAAAGAGAACUUCAGCAGACUGUUCAGUUCAUCCUCCUCCUCGUUAAGUAGAGCCACCCUACCAAGCAGAAGCGGGCGACUACCAAAAAUACCGGGUACCGACACGCCGGUUACCAGCUCUCGGAUUACCCUAUCAGAAGGGAAAGCUCUGCCUUCAAACAUUACCCCACGGACACAGCAGACUAAUAAAGGGAACGUCAGUACUACACAAAUAGAAUCUAUCAGCGAGCAUACCUCCCGUCCGAUCACGCCCGUAACACAGGUCGAACGUAUCAGUGAGGAACUAUCCCCUACCCACGGGCCACGACAAAAUGAAUCCAACCUAACGGAUUCCACCUCAACCCCUCGUGAACGACAAAAGACAUUAUCCCCCACCGUCCAAUCACGACCUGGCAGCGGUGGUGAUCAGGCCAAUCCGAUGUGAGCUCACCAAAACAAGCGUGUGUUCGUGAACAUUUCUAAUUUAGUGCCAAGCUUCCUUGUAAUUAACAUAUAGAAUUAAAAGCAUAGUUGUUUUAACGAAGACUGGAACUUGGACAGACAGUAAAGUUUUAACUAGUUCGCUUGGAACAAAGUACCUGCGAGUCUAUAGCAUGGUGCAGUGCCCGUCUGUUAUCCUUGUUUCUUUGAACAGCCUCUCCCUAAAAACUCAAACGAUUCCGACAUUUGGCUAGAAGGUACCCGAUAUGGAAUGAUGUAAGAUUUCCUCACAUAAAAGAUAUAAAUCUAUUUCGAAAGUCACAGGGGUCAAAUUGAUUCAUAAUUCAAAAAAAUAUUAUCUACAGAACAAUGAAGUCCAGAGCCAUGAAACAUGAGAGUUUCAUGUGGACUAGCAACACAAGUCUGUGAUCAACUUAAAGCGCUGGCUAGGGUAAAAAAUUAGCAUAGAUAUAACGAGUAAAAAAUGAAUUACUAAAACUCCAAAGGGCCAAAAAGGUUGUGUGUUUAGCAAUAGGUAAGCUUGGAUAUUUCUUCAUAUGUUUGACCUUUUUAUUUACUUUCAAGUUCAACUAUGUUAAAAAACUUCAACAGCUUCUUAAAAACUUGAAUUUCACAAAGUCGUAUGUGACUUUUACCUGCAGAGAGGACAACAGCUGUUAUGUAGGCAUAUGGAAACAAGUUUGAAUAACUUGCAAAUGGUAGAGGUUUCACAUGACAGUUGCCAAGGUGAGCUCUGCAGGCCCUGCGGCCUCUUGUUUACAUGAAACGUUCACAGGACAUUUUCAAUGCUUGUACAUUAACGGUCCCAGAACAGUGACAGCUUUUAGUCUUAAGAUGCAUUCGGUGUGUAAAAAUGACAGACUUACGAGUUUCCUCUGUGGGAUGACUUUUUUCAAUCAAACCGGUGUAUGCACAUUUAAAUAUAUGUUAUGGUAUAAUUGUAUGUUAAUUAAAUCACAUAGA